UUUUCUUUUUUUUUUUUUUUUGCCAUUAAAGUAAUUUGGAAACUUACGCAAACAUUGAAUAGAAGUCUCAAGACUGUGUGAACAAUGUGUUCCGAAGCUGUAUGUUAGGCAGGACAUUUUGUUUGUCCGGUUUUUUAAGCGGUACUUGGAGGCAACAUCGUUUACCUGUCCAGGUCCAGCUGUUUCGAGUGAGAAUGAUUCAGAGUCGCGUAACCGGGAGAAGUGAUAGGACGCAUGUACUGACACUGCUAACAAAAUAAGACUUUCUCCUUCUUUUGACGUAAAGUCAAGUCACCUGACUCAUAAAGAAAAUGUUCGGAAGGAAGAGACUCUAAAGUGAAAGUUAUGGCCAUUGACAAUAAUACGUCGAACAGCUGCUACAGCGACCAAAGUGUCACCUUCUUUUACCAACAGGUGAAUAAAACGAUCGGAGGAAACUGGACUACACGGGACUACCUGGUCAUAGGACUAGGCUUGCCCUUAUCUGUAAUAGUGGUGUUGGCCAACCUGUUGGUGAUGGCAGCCAUCCUCAUGAACCGCCGCUUCCACUUUCCUAUUUACUACCUUCUGGGAAACAUGGCAGCAGCAGACUUGUUUGCAGGUUUAGCCUAUACCAACCUGAUAUUCAACACAGGUCCCUGGACAGCGACGCUCACUAAGAAGCAGUGGUACAUCCGUGGGGCUUUGAUUGACAUCAGCCUGACUGCCUCUGUCGCCAACCUCCUGGCUGUGGCUGUGGAACGCCACCAGACUAUCAUCACUAUGCAGCUGCACAGCACCAUGACCAAGAGGCGCGUGGUGCUGCUCAUCAUCUCCAUCUGGGCCAUAGGGAUCCUCAUGGGUCUGGUGCCGUCGCUGUUUUGGAACUGUGAAUGUGAUCUCGCAGACUGCUCCACUGUUGCUCCCCUCUACAGCCGCCGCUUCUUGAUUUUCUGGGCACUUCUCAACCUGCUCACCUUUUUCAUUAUGCUGGGCAUGUACUCUCACAUAUUCUUUCACGUGAAACGCCAGAGUCGCCACACUUCUCAGCACGCCUCGGAGGCACGACAGCAGACCGUCAUCAACCUGAUGAAAACCAUUUCUAUGGUUCUGGGUGCCUUUGUGAUCUGCUGGACACCUGGCCUCAUCGUUCUCCUGCUGGACGGGCUGCAGGGUAAAGAGGGCAACGCCAACAAAUAUGAGAAAUACUGUUUGGUGAUAGCGGAGUGCAACUCUCUGGUCAAUCCCAUCAUUUAUUCCUUGCGCGACGCCGAGAUGCGGAAAACGUUCAAGUGGAUCCUUUGCUGUUUGUGUCGACAUGAGGGCUGUCAGCCGAGGGAGACUCUGACAACAGAAAUGGACUCUCCAUUGAAGGAGAAAAUUCUUAGCUACAAGUCAGAAGAUCCGGUCUUGUGGAAGAAUCUGGACAGAGACUGUAAAGAUGACAAGGGGACAGACUCUGUGGUAUGACAGAAAAUCAGACAUAUUGUAACUUAAGUGUAUAUAUUCGUAAGCCUUGUGUUGAAAAUUUUGAGUGAAUUAAAAGGAGAAAAAAAAAAAUUACA